AUGGAAGUACCAUCGAGUCUCUCGCAAACUUUUGAUGAGAUGUUGCCUUUCAAAUAUUUGUUAUUACAAAUUCGAAAUAUUACUGGCAAACAAAUUGUCGUCCCAAAGAUGAUUUCUGAACCUAUUGUACCAAUCACUCGGAAAAUUGAUACGCCUCAGUUUAAAGCACUUUUUACACCGGAACUUAUCAAACUUAAUGAUCUCUUCAAAAAUAAUAAUUUUCAGCUACGGAUGGCUGGUGGUGCAGUUCGUGAUCUAUUAAUGGGUAUAAAACCAUCUGAUGUCGAUUUUGCUACAAACGCAACACCAAGUGAAAUGAAGAAAUUAUUUAUCCGAGAAGGUAUCCGUAUGUUGAAUAAAAAUGGUGAAGAACAUGGAACGAUUACUUGUCGUAUCGAUGAUAAGGAAAAUUUCGAAAUUACAACUUUAAGGCUUAUUACUUACCACAUUUAUUUCAGGGUUGAUAUUGUUUGUGAUGGACGACGGGCAAAGAUUGAAUUCACAACCAGUUGGCAACUCGAUGCGAAUAGGCACUUGGAUGGCACCGUUAUUGAUUAUUUCGGCGGAAUAAAAGAUUUGGAAAAUCGGAAAAUUGUUUUUGUAGGCGAUGCAAAUCAAAGGAUUCAGGAAGAUUAUUUGAGGAUAUUGCGAUAUUUCCGUUUUUUUGGUAGAUUGGCGCUGGACGGUGAAGCACAUGAGAAAGCAACAUUGGAUGCUAUUAUCUUGAAUGGAAGUGGCUUAAAAGAUAUAAGUGGUGAACGAAUUUGGAUGGAACUGAAGAAAAUUUGUGUUGGCCGCCUGGGUGGUGAAGUAUUAACAACGAUGUUAAAACAAUGUAAUUUAGCUUUUUUAUUGGGACUUUCGGAAAAUGCAGAUACAACAUACUUCUGCAGUUUGCAUAAACGUUACUAUCCAAAAAUAGAAGCUAUGACUUUAUUAUCUUCAUUAUUCAUUGAAGCGGAACAAAUUGAAAUAUUUCAUAGAAGAUGCAAAUUAUCGCAUGCCGAGAAAACAUUGGCCGAGUUUAUUUUGGAACAUCGUGAUGAGGCAAAAAAGAAUGCUAAUUCAGUCUUAUUUUUCAAAAAUAUCUUAUUGAACGAAGAACGAUUGCAUAAGUUUACGAGAAAGAAAGUCCAAACAAGCCGAGAAAAAGUAAUCGAAUUAGCAAAAUAUGUAAUGGUUGGUGACGAACUGAUCAACGAGUUGAAUAUUUGGGAGCCGCCAACAUUCCCCGUCGGCGGACUCGAUUUGAUGCAUAAUGAUAUUUCACCUGGAUCGCAUGUUAAACUGAUUCUUGAUCAUCUUUUUAAAGUAUGGAUCGAGAGUGAAUGGACAAUGAGCAAAGAAGAGUUAUUAAAGCAUGUCAAUGAUAUUGACUGGGAUGAGAAAACUCGCCCAGGACACAAACGAAAGCAUAGCCCUGGUACCAGCUGA